GUCCGCUACUGCAUCCAGCCUCAGCCUAUUUUUAAGGAAUGUAAACACCUGUGCGUCCACCACCCAGAAGCAGAUCCAGAACAUUUCCAGCCUCUCAGGAGUCCUUCAUGCCCAUCCCAGUCAGUGACUCCCAAGGGUAACUUCUAGCCUGUUCAACUCGACCUGAAUGGAAUUCUCACAGCAUGUGUCUGUUUGGAUCUAGCUUCCGCUCAGUUGGGAGGCCCACUGAUGUUUCCUGUGGCCUCGCUCCUUUUUAUUGCUGAGGCAACUCUUGUAUGAAAACCACAAUUCAUUUCUCCCUUCUGCUGCUGGUGAAGAUUUACAUUGUUUCCAGCCUGGGGCUACGAUGAAUAAAGUUGUUAAAAAACAGAAAAAUAACGUUUUUCUUUCCCUUGGGUAAUUUUUUAGAAGUGGAAAAGCCAGAACAUAGGAGAAGUUGGUAUUUGACUGUGUGACAACUCACCAAGCAGUUUUUCUUUCUAUUUUUUAAUUUUUUGAGACAGAGUCUUGCUCUGUUGCCCAGGCUGGAGUGCAGCGGUGUGAUGAUGGUUCACUGCAGCCUUGGCCUCCUAGGGUCAAGUGACCUCAGCCUCCCAUGUAACUGAGACCACAGGUGUGCACCACCACACCUGGCUAAUUUGCUUUUUAAAUUACGUGUAGAGACAGAGUCUUCCUAUCUUGCCCAGGCUGGUCUCAAGCUCCUGGACUGAAGUGAUCCUUCUGCCUCAGCCUCUUGAAGUGCCGGGAUUACAGGUGUGAGCCACAACACCCCACCAGCUUUUCUAAGUUGGAUUGUUUUCCACUCCAGUCUGCUGUGAAUGAGAGUCCCAGUUCCAUAUCCCACCCAAUUGGCGACAACCUACAAAUGACAUGCCAUGGUGAAAUUGUUCCGGCUGUCCAUGCUGUCACAGAGGAUCGUGAAGAAUUUCCCGUCCUUUCUCUCCUUUCUGCUCCACCUGAACUGUCUGCUCCUUAAAUUGGUCAAAUUCUACUUGAUCCAGGAACAUAAUGGGGAUGGAGCAUGCAGACGGCUCACAUGGCUUCAGCCUGUGAGAGCAUCUCAGAGGAAUUCGCCUGCAGGUUCUAGUGCAUCUAGGCAGAGCACAAAAAGGAAGAGAGCCCUUCCUUCUGCAGAGAACUGCCUGGCGGGUGUGAAAGGCAGCAGUGCCACAGAGGUGGUGGAGAGAUGGCCUUCAGUGGUGCCCCGACUACCUACCUGAACCCACCCGUCCCCUUUUCUGGGACAAUCGAAGGGAGUCUCCAGGAUGGACUUCAGAUCACUGUCAGUGGGACCAUCCUCAACUCCAGCAGCACCAGGUUUUCUGUGGACUUUCAGACCGGCUUCAGUGGAAAUGACAUCGCCUUCCACUUCAACCCUCGGUUUGAAGAGGGAGGGUACGUGGUGUGCAACACGAAGCUGAAUGGAAGCUGGGGGCCCGAGGAGAGGAAGAGGGAGCUGCCCUUCCAGAAGGGGAUGCCCUUUCACCUCUGUUUCCUGGUGCAGAGCUCGGAUUUCAAGGUGAUGGUGAACGGCAACCUCUUCGUGCAGUACUUCCACCGCGUGCCCUUCCACCGCGUGGACACCCUCUGCGUCAAUGGCUCUGUGCAGCUGUCCUCCAUCAGCUUCCAGAACACCCGCACAGUCCCCGUUCAGCCUGCCUUCUCCAUGGUGCAAUUCUCCCAGCCUGUCCGUUUCCCACCCAGGCCCAAGGGGCGCAGACCAAAACCUCCUGGUGUGCGUCCUGCCAACCCGGCUCCCAUUACCCAAACGGUCAUCCACACGGUGCAGAGCGUCCCUGGACAGAUGUUCUCUAAUCCUGCCAUCCCACCUAUGAUGUAUCCGCACCCAGCCUAUCCGAUGCCUUUCAUUGCCACCAUCCCAGGAGGGUUGUACCCAUCCAAGUCCAUCAUCCUGUCCGGCACUGUCCUGCCCAGUGCUAAAGGGUUCCACAUCAACCUGUGCUCUGGGAGCCACAUUGCCUUCCACCUGAAUCCCCGUUUUGAUGAGAACGCUGUGGUCCGCAACACCCAGAUCAACAACUCUUGGGGGUCUGAGGAGCGGAGUCUGCCCCGAAAAAUGCCCUUCACCCGAGGCCAGAGCUUCUCGGUGUGGAUUUUGUGUGAAGGUCACUGCCUCAAAGUGGCUGUGGAUGGCCAGCACCUGUUCGAAUACUACCAUCGCCUGGGGAACCUGCCCGCCAUCAACAGACUGGAAGUGGGGGGUGACAUCCAGCUGACUCACGUGCAGACAUAGGCAGCUCCCUGGCCCUGGGGCCCGGGGCUGGGGUGUGGGGUCUGGGGUCUGGGUCUUCUCAUCAUCCCCACUGCCCAGUCCUACCCUUUCUAACCCUGCCUGGGACCUGGGCUAUGAUGCAGAGGCCACGUCCUUGUCUGGUCCUGCUUCUGGCUACAGCCACCAGGAACAGAGAAGGCAGCCUUCCUCAGCUGGGGCAGCACCUGGGGCUCCAGCUGCCCGAAUCCUGGCAUCCCAGGAGGUGGGCACGAUGGGUGGGGGGAAGGGGCAGUGAAGGUGAAGCCCUAUGUGCAGUCCCCUCCCAUCCCCCACACAGCACCACCCCAAUCUCAAGCCUCCAGCUGUCCACUCCUGGUGAGAGGUGACCUCCUCAGCCCCUCCUCUCUGACCUUUAACCUCACUCUCAGCUUGUACCCUGCACCAACCCUUUACCCCCUCCAGGAAGGCUAGCCUGAUGGCAUCCCACUGGCCCCCACCAACUGACCGGAAUGUUCUCUUCAGGGGAUUGGCUUCUUUCCCGGUUUCCUUAAAUAAAUGAAAAUGCUUAUUGGCACACUCA